CUAGCGACAAGCAGCUAGAGAACAGACGGCAGCUGGUGGCACCGUUUCUUCCCCGGUGAUUUAAUCGUGUGAAGAACGGAAGCCAUUUUCUUUUUAAAUCAACAUGUUUUUAAGAGGGAGCUGAUCCCGAGGCGGCAGAGCGGGCGCUGCCGGCGAAGGAACCUGCCGAGGAGGAUCUUUUAUCGGACUGGAGUGGUGGGAAGACCCCGCAGUGUUCCCGUAAUAGAAGAAGCCACCAGCAAACAUCCGGUUAGGAUUUUCCAAAAAAAUAAAAGCGCGCUAAAACUAACCGGAUUAGCGAUCUUCCGUGAUUAUGAGGACAUAUAGUCAAUAAAUUAAAUUAUUAAACAAAUUAACGACGUGGCUAAACGUUCGUAUCGCUUCGCGUUUUGGCAACCUUUGACAAGACCGAGCACAAUGGGGCUUUUAUUUUGACGGGGAGACUUUCCCGUACUUCCCGUGCAGGCAGCCGCACGCUCGCGCCGGCUUGACAGUCGAGAAGGAGGAGGUGAAGUUACAAAAAAGGCUUGAACCAAAACAAGACUUCACGGCCUGAGGGGGACGACAACGACGCCGUGGUAUGAAUGAGACUCGCCGUCGGUCACCGUGUGUUUACCGGCUCCGACGCCUUUUUAACCGGAGCCCCCGCUGUUUGUGUGAACCCGGAGCCCCGGUGGAAAUACGGUUUGCCCUUGAAGGUGAAAAUGUCUCGUCCCACACUGACGGAGGAAGAGCAGCUCUCGUAGCUGGAGGAGGAUUCCCUGCUCUCACUUCUCCUCCUUGUCGGCCUCCCGGGAUCGAUGACCGGACCCAACUCCCCGAGCCGCACCGGCACCUCCUCGGCCAAACUGAGCAGGUACGGCCGGUCAAAGAGCAGCAGCGCGCACUGCCUGCUCCGCUGCACCACCCAGGAAGGAUCCUCCGCGUCUCCUCCUCCUCUUCUUCCUCCUACGCGCAACAGCUCCCACUCCCCUGGGGAAGAAGAGGAGAAGGAUGGGGGCGUUCUCUUCUACGUGAACCGCACCGGUUUCCCCAUUGAGGGCAUCACCUGGGAGAGGAUGUGGUCCCACGUGGCUGCUGUGCACCCCGAGGGCCAGGAGAUGGUGGACAGGAUACGGAACGCCGCGUACCUGCCCAGGCUUCCUGUUCUGUCCGUCCCGACCUUCAAACCGUCCAUGUCCGUCCCCGACUGGCUGGUGUCCGUCCAGAACUUCAUGAAGGCCCUGCAAUAUAACCACACGGGAACACAGUUCUUUGAAAUCAAGAAGACGCGUCCACUGUGUGGGUUAAUGGAGACGGCAAGAGAGAUGAUCAGGGAGUCUUUGCCAAUCAAAUGUCUGGAAGCUGUCAUCUUAGGGAUCUACCUGACCAACGGGCUGACGUCUCUGGAGCGUUUCCCCAUCAGCUUCAAGACGCAGUUCUCUGGCCACUGCUUCCACCAUGUCGUGCUCGGCGUCUACUGCAACGGCCGCUACGGGUCGCUGGGCAUGAGCCGCCGCCAGGACCUGAUGGACAAACCGCUGGUCCACCGCACGCUGGGGGAGCUGGUGGCCGAGUUUGAGAGCUCCUACAGGAGAUACCAGCACACCCUGAAGAAGGUAAAGAUCGGACUGUACGUGCCUCAUGACCCACACGUCUUCCAGCCAAUCGAGUGGAAGCAUUUGGUGCUGAACGCCGCCAGACUGGGAGCUCAGGAGAUGAGGAAGGAGCUGGAGAAACAUGGCCGAGACAUGAGGAUGAAGAUCCUGAAAUCCUCUAGCGCUCAGUCACCAAUCAAAGAGCGGAGCCGCGGCAAAUCGCUAUCGCCGCGGCGACGGCAGAGCAGUCCACAGAGACGCUUCGCACAGCGCAGAGACAAAUCACCGGCCUCCGUGGACAGGAAACCUCCAGAGCUCAGCACUCUCAACGACGGCUACCAGAUCCGCAUCUGAUCUUCUACAUUCAUCCAUUCAUCGUCCAUCUGUUCAUCCGUCCAUCGCCUUUAACCCCUGAAGAAAACCUGAAGAAGAAGCUCUGACAAAGACGAGGUGGACACAAACGAUGAAGACGAGAACUUUACUGAGCUUCAACAGCGAGAACGUCCUCAGAAGAUCCUUCACGCGCGCGCACACACUCACUCACUCACUCACUCACUCACUCAUGAAGAAUUCAUGGAUUCAUUUACAACGUUUCACCUUUCUGCGACGUCCUCAGGACGAGAAACGUCCAUGUCCCUCAAGAAAAGUAGGUCCAAGUGUCGCGAUGUCAGAAAACGUCUCUGCGACUUUUAAACAAAGACAAAAACUCACUUUAGCGACAAAGCGAUACAGUUUUCCGACAUUUUCAUUUUAUUUAUUUCUAUUUAUUCUAAUUAUUUUGCAGUAACGGUUAUUUGAUUUUUAUUGUCCCUCUUUCUGUCCGUCCUCAGUAACUGAACAUAGAAUCGCAGUAAAUUAGUCCACGAUUGUUCAUUUUGCUAUAAAGUUCGCAGCCAUUUCGCAUUAAAAAUGCAAACAAGUUUACGUUAAAAGUUCUUACGCCUGAAAAAACCACGAUCAUUUCAAAAUUCGCGUCACUUUCUACUCAUAAAAUUGGCAAAAAAUUGUUGUGUGAUUUUUGAAGUUUCAUUUCAAAAUCGUACGUUUAUUUCGCGUUAAAAAACAACGAGCUAUGCACACGUCAAGUCCGGGGGGGCGGAGAUAAAAUCCUUGUCUUCCGCAGUAUUUUUUGGUUUCCAGAAAUGAAGCGUGUAGAAUAAUUUGUAAAAAUGUUUGACGAGGAGUUUUUACGACUUUUAUCUGUUUUGUGUCGCAGGAAACGCGAUAUUUUUUGUAACCUGAAGGUGGCGCAGAGACAUGUUUGACGACCAGCACGAAAACAACAAAAGCACAAAAGCUGCUUUUUUCUCUACGAGUUUGUGGACGAACCGAACUCAAGAAGAAGAAGAAAAUCGUGGACUUUUUUUUUACGUCCGACGUAGACGUAAAAUGUUUGAUGUUUUUGUUAUUUUUUUUCGGAAACAAAAACAGAAGAAGGGGAUGCAACAUUUUCAUUGCAACACAAGGGCCUAAAAACUCGAUGCACAAGACGAUAAAGACUUUGGAUGAAAGAAAAACCGUCACAGGCGCUUUUUACAAAAAACUGAGACGCAACGUAGCAACUUAGAAAAGUUUAAAUUUAAAUGUGCUUGAAUAUUUAUCGGACUGAAUGUUUUUUUUGAUUUACUGAUCGUAUUUUUAUGGGGUUUUUUGUAUUUUUUUGAAUGAGAAGCGAAAAGAAAUUGUCCGAAAAAAAGGAGAAAAAAAAGAAGUUGUUUCUUUUCCCAACAAUGGCCUUGGUUUGUAAAAGUGCCGAAUCAUGUUUCUUGACUCUGUUGUCGAUGCACUUAAAGGGACAGUUCAUGGUUUUAUGACGUAGACUCAGAGCUUCUGAGCAAAAAAAACCUGAUUUUAGACACGCAAGUCUGCUUAAGGUCUACAAUGUCUUAGGAAAAAAAUGUUCAUGUUAUUUUGUCGUUAGACUGACUUUUCUAACAGGAAACUGACGUUUAUAAACCACUCACUCUUACACACCAAAGCCCAUAGAUUAAAUCAGUGAUUUUAACAUCACAGCACACAGGAGUGGUUGAUCCACUGAUGCCUCCAUCACUAAGUUCAAAUGUCUUGUUUUAUUAAUUCUGUGUUUGAAAUCCUUUUGUUCAAAUUUACUUCAGUGACACAAAGUGACCACACGGGGCAGCAGUAGACCAGCAGCUCUUGUGUCCCUUGCGAGCUAAAAUCAUUAAUUUUCUCUAUGGGGUUUGUUUUGGUGUGAGAGUGAGUGAGAAAACCCUGAACUGUGCUUUUAACUCUCUGUACUGUGUGAUGCACUUCAGUCAGUUGUAAAAAAAAAAGAGAGAGAAGAAAAACGCAGAUUAAUUUGUAAACUUUCUUGAAUGUCUGCUUUAAAUUUCAGUUGCGAUUUUUAUUAAUUUUGUCCAUGACCUAACAUAAGAUUUUCAAUCAAUAUUGUUCCAAAAAAUUGUUUAAAAAAAUCGUAUUAGUUCACUAAUAGUUCACGAUUGUCCAGACCAAAAUAAUCAUAUUACGCAGAAUUUCCGAUAAUCUAACUAAAAGGACUACCUUUUGAAAUUUUGUUGCACAUAUAUAUCAUAUUUUUAAACAUUUUAAUGUGAUUUCAUGAUUAAAUUGAUGACGGAAGUAAAAAACGCAAUCAAUGUGUUUACGAAGUUUUGGACAGAAUACAAUUUUCUCGCAGCUUGUUAAACCAAAUUCAGAGCAACAUAUUCUGACGAUAUUUGAAAUUAAAAAAGUCAGAUAUUUGUGAUUUUUUAUUUUUUUUUGCUUCCUGUGCCUCAACUGUGUUGCAUUAAUCAGAUUGUGAUUUUUUUUUGUUGUUGCUGCAUCUCUUCUGCUGGUCCUGACUUCACCAAACAAAAUUCUGUUACAGUUUGUUUUAUUGUUUUGAAUAUUAUUCGUAAUUCUGCAAAUUCUGACAAAUGUGGAUUUUGGGUUUUUUAAUAUAAAACAUUGUGUUUUUGUGUAUGCUGGGUGGGACAAAGAGAAGGCCAGCGACGGUGCUCCAUGGGAAUCGAACCCUAACCCUGUGUGACAGUAUUGAGCCCACUGGUUUAUAAACACCAUUGUUUAUAUUUUGUUAUUUUUUACAAGCUCUUGUUAUUGAGUUUGUGCUUUUGUUUUGCUGUGGUAGGAGCAGAUGUGGCGCCCUCCUGUGGUCACGCAGCAUGUGUUGUUUUAAUAAAAGAUCUAUGUUUUUAUCUCA